AUGAAUCGCAUGUAUGAUCGCAUGCGUAUCGUCUUCAUAUCUGUUGGAGUGGCUUGCUUUUUCCCCUUAUUUUACUGGUCCCAUUACUCCAAUGUCCAGAGGGUCUCUCGAGACCGUGAGGCCGGAGUCGUCGUGCAUAAAAUGAGCAAUGUAAGUCAAGCAUAA